ACACAACACAACGAAAAAAAAAGAGAGAGAGAAACAACAACAAAAAAAGCUAGCCCCAAAGAAAAAGUGACACAAGUUUGAUUUUUUUUUAAAGGAAGUGGGGGGGGGGCGAAGGCGAGCGCUGAGGACAGGUGAGGAGCUGCAGUGGGAGCCGCGGGGCGCUGUCCACGGUGCUGACGGGCCCUGCCGGGGCCGAGCGCUCACGCAGGAUCUCCGGGGCCAGGUGGAGCUUCCCGAUCCGCAGGCCGCGGCCGCUGUCCGCGGUGCUGAGGCCUCCAGGUGCGCUCUGUUCUGCCUGCUCGUAGCGCGGCCCCGGCCGGCCGCUAUCCGCCCUGCUGACCCCUACCCUCGGCUACCGUUUGCUGGAGCAAGCGUGCGGUUUGGAUUUUGCUUUUUAAAAAAGACGAUCUCGAUUCAGAUUCCAACAGCCUCGCACUUCUUCUGUGCCAAAGGGGCCCUCAGGCCGUUCUUCUACCUUUUGGCUCUCCCCAACUUGGCGCGCCCUCCUCCCAUUCCUCCCUGACACUCCCACCACCACCCCCCCUCGGCUCGGCUGCUCGGUGCGGUGCUGCAGAAGACGCAUUGAACCCUUUUGGAUGUAAUGCGCAGAGGAGGUUGGCCCAGAGCUCCUGGGCUCCCCCAAGGCUGAACUCCGUCCAAGGUGCCCACAGGCUCCCUGCCCGCCUUCCCCAUGCCAGCCCGCAGCUAGGGGCAGGGGCAGCGGCGGCUGGGGUUGGGGGUGGGUGGGGAGCUUUUGGGGAGGACAGGUCUCAGUUUGGCUAUGGAAGGCUCCAAUGGCUUUGGGAUUGACUCCAUUCUCUCCCACCGAGCGGGCAGCCCCGCCCUUCCCAAGGGGGACCCCUUGCUUGGGGACUGCCGUUCACCCCUGGAGCUAAGUCCACGCUCAGAGAGCAGCAGCGACUGCUCUUCGCCAGCCUCACCUGGAAGAGACUGUCUGGAGACCAGUACCUCGCGGCCCGGUGCUGCAUCUGGCCCAGGUUUGGACUCUCACCUGCAGCCGGGGCAGCUUUCAGCCCCAGCCCAGUCGCGAACCGUCACCUCCUCCUUUCUGAUCAGGGACAUCCUUGCUGACUGCAAACCUCUCGCGGCCUGUGCACCCUACUCGAGCAGCGGGCAGCCUGCAGCCCCUGAGCCUGGGGGCCGCCUUGUGGCCAAGGCCGGGGAGGACUUUCGCGACAAGCUGGACAAAAGUGUCAGCAGCGCCUCGUCGGACUCUGAGUACAAAGUGAAGGAGGAGGGCGACCGCGAGAUCUCCAGCUCUAGGGACAGUCCCCCUGUGCGCCUGAAAAAGCCACGAAAAGCGCGCACCGCCUUUACAGACCAUCAGCUGGCGCAGCUGGAGCGUAGCUUCGAGCGGCAGAAAUACCUGAGUGUUCAAGACCGCAUGGAGCUGGCUGCCUCGCUCAACCUCACUGAUACACAGGUCAAGACCUGGUACCAGAACCGCAGGACUAAAUGGAAGCGACAAACGGCCGUGGGGCUGGAGCUGCUGGCGGAGGCAGGCAAUUACUCGGCGCUUCAGAGAAUGUUCCCGUCGCCUUAUUUCUACCCACAGAGCCUCGUUUCCAACCUGGACCCGGGUGCCGCGCUCUACCUGUACCGCGGCCCCAGCGCGCCUCCGCCUGCCCUCCAGAGACCUCUGGUGCCCCGUAUCCUCAUCCACGGACUCCAGGGCGCCAGCGAGCCGCCCCCGCCGCUGCCCCCGCUGCCCGGCGUCCUCCCGCGCGCCGCGCAGCCUCGGUGAGGCGCCCUCUCUCUCCAAUCCGUGCUCCGGGGACCCCCAGCUCAGGCUGGGCGCGGGUCCGCACCGUCGCCCCGGGGCAGGGCAGCCCGGCUCCCCACGGUGCCGCUACCCAGUGUCUCCCACGGGGAUAACUUCACUGAGGCUACCCCUUCCUCAGCUGCGUCCUCUCUCCUGGCUUCUCCACUCCCGGAGCCAUUUUCACCUGCCAGAUGUACAUACGCGCCCCUGCCCACCUCCCACCCAACCCCAAGUCCCUGCGGGCUUCCCUAAGUACCCCCUGUUCCCUAGGCAGCAGGUAAGGGGACGCCGGCGACUGGUUCUCUCCCGUGUCCACCCUUCUUCCCGCACCUCUGUGAGACAGGGUGGGAGCGCUGUACGGAGCUUCCCUCCCAACUCCUUUAUUUUCCCCGAGUCCCGGGCUGGCGGCAGAGCUGUACAGUGUGCAAAGUGUAUAUGAAGUUAUUUAUUCGUGACCCAUGAGCCCGUGACAGUGUCCGUGAAUCAGUGAGUCUGUGGCCUGUGCCCUCGCCGUCCCGGGUGGGGCAGGAAGGGGCCGAGAGGGCUUGCCCAUGCAUCCGGGCCCCCAGCCCCCCUCCCUUCCACCCAGGUCCCGGGGCAGCCAGGCCUCUUGGGUUCUCUUUUUUAAAUGUGGAAAUAAACUUCUUACAAAUGAC